GGCGGGGGCCUGGCCCGGCCUCCGGGAUGGCUGGCGGCGCCGCGUCGGAGGCGCCGGCCCUUCGAGGCCGCUCUCGGAGCUGGGCUGCGGAUGGCCUGGGUCUGGCGACCUGGGUGGGGCCCGCGCGGGGUGCGGGGAGCCCGCAGCUUCCAGGCACGGGGUGGGGCCAGCGAUGCCGAGAAUGUGCGGCGUGAGCAUGUUGAUGGGUGAGGCUGUGCUUAUAUGUGAGUGUGAAGAUGAACAACUGGACUGGGAGCCAGACUAGACUGAGUGCAGGUUCCUGCACCAACUCUCAAGCAACCAUAUUUGACUGAAUACUUUGAAGUGGGGCUGGGGACAUGGCUCAGUGGGUAAAAUAUUUGCUGUGCAAGCAGGAGGACCGGAGUUUGAUCCCUAGCAUCUAGUAUCUGGAGUACAGAAGAAAAAUUAUUAUGCCUGUGCUCCCUUGGGACUCUUUGGAAAUUGUACAGUGACAUCUUCUGGGAUUUAGUCUGGAGUGUGCAGAGUGGUGCCUAAAAUGGAAGUAGAUAUAAAUGGCGAGUCCAGAAGUACUCUGAGCACCCUGCCCUUGCCGGUGACUGAGGGAAGCUCACCAGGAAAGGCAGAGGCAGAGAAGCCCCGCUGCUCUAGCACUCCCUGCUCACCUAUGCGUCGGACUGUGUCAGGCUAUCAGAUCCUCCACAUGGACUCUAACUAUCUGGUUGGCUUCACAACUGGUGAAGAACUCCUGAAGUUAGCCCAGAAGUGCACAGGAGGGGAAGAGAGCAAGGGAGAAGCUAUGCCUCCGUUGCGCUCCAAACAGCUGGACGCAGGACUUGCGCGUUCCUCUCGCUUGUAUAAAACCAGAAGUAGGUACUAUCAGCCAUACGAGAUUCCAGCUGUCAAUGGCAGGAGGCGAAGGAGGAUGCCCAGCUCAGGAGACAAGUGCACUAAAUCUUUACCUUAUGAACCUUACAAGGCCCUCCAUGGGCCCUUGCCUCUUUGUCUUCUUAAAGGUAAGAGGGCUCACUCCAAAUCUCUGGACUACCUCAAUCUAGAUAAAAUGAGCAUCAAGGAGCCAGCUGACACAGAAGUACUACAGUACCAGCUUCAACAUCUAACUCUCCGAGGGGAUCGAGUGUUUGCUAGGAAUAAUACAUGAAUGACUCCCAGAGAGUUGAAACCACUUUAGGUCAGCCUGUACUCGGCUAGAGAAAACCUGCUGUCGUACUCUACCUGACCCUUCACAUUAUAGAUGGUUAUAUCAGUUAAGUGUUCCUGGAACAUAAAAAUUGUUCAGAUCAAGUUUUGGAUACAGGAAUGAAAUCACAGGUACUUGGGGCGGGGGGGAUAUCAUUCUAGAGCACGCAACUGCAAAGAAAACUGAAUGUUGAUCAUUAGUUUGCAUAGCUUUUUAGCUAGGAAAAGGCUUUGGUGCAGUAAUUUCAUCUUUAUGAUUCUGACACUCAAAUUGGGAAUGUUACCUGCUUGAUUAUUGCUGACAUGGUAUGAUUCAUUAGAAAUUUAUAUCUUAAGUACUUAAGUACUUCUUGGAUCUCUGUAUUUUACUAUAAAAUGUAUGUAAUGAUUUGUUUUAUGAAAUUUAGAACUUGAACAUUGCUGAAUUGGACCACUUUUUAUUUUUAAAUAUUGAGUUUAAAUAUUUUAUAACUGGUUUUGCACUGAAAACAAUUAACAUUUCAGAUUAAGAAAAUAAUCUUUCUUCACUUGCCUCAAUAAUAAUAUUGAGCAAUGAAUUUUUUAUUUCCGCAUGGAAAGUUAUUGAUCUCUGGCUGUAAAAUAUUCCUUUAUAGCAUUAUUAAAGUGUGUCUUAAUAAAAUUAAAUUUGGGAUACAAAGUAUUUAUUUUACAAUGGGUAGUGGGUGGGAAGCUUUUCCAGAAAGUUUCCAAUCUGAAGUUUUCAUAAGUUGAAAAAGUUUCCUUAGUGCUAAUUUUUUAAUUUAAAAUCCACCUGGAACUUUAAAAUGGAAAGGAUUCUCUUAGCUGUGAUUGUCGGCUUAGUACUAUUUGCAUCUGAAAUUCCUGUAAGUGAAUGGAACUUUAAUAGAGGAUCUCAUGAUUUUAACUAUCGAAUGCUUAAACUUAAGUAUGAAGUUAUACCACUCAGCAUGGCAUUGGGUCAUCCUAGUUUUAGUUCUCUGCAGCACAGUGCUCAGUGAAAUUCUAGUUUCUGGGAUUAGUGUAGGAGCCUGAAGUGCUUCUACAAUUUUAAUGGGCUAAUCCUGGAUUACUUAACAAUUUAUGUCAAUUGCACUGGUUUAAUUUGUUGCUAAAGAAAUAAGUCUCUGCCUUCAAUAACAUAUACAACUCAACUAUUCUUUGAUUAUAUUUUAGGGAAAAAUGGAUGUAACUUACCUUUUGUAAACAUUUCUAUUUCUUUUUUGACUCUUAAAGGUGCAAUUUAUUACUGAUAUGGUAUUUCUGGCAAUGCAGAACUACAUAUUUUGUGUUUUCUUUUGGGCACUGAGUUUCUUAGGGGUUAACAACCUUGCUUAUAAAAUAAGAUCACAGUUAAUGAGUGGGUCAUUCCUGGAACAGUUGUGAUUUUCCUUUUUCCAGAAUGAACAACAAAUAUUAUUCAGAGCAGAAUAAAUAUUAGAAAGCCCCAGGAACUCUUAAUGUUUAUAACACAUUCAUAAAGGCAAACCAUGUGGUAGGAUGUGUGAAAGAGCCAUUUGGAGACUGCCUCAUGUCUUACUGAAUUGAUCAGAUUUCUUGGUGGGCUGAAAAGUUUCACCUGUUGUCUAUUUUAAAGUAAAUUGCACCUUUGUAACAUAUUGUAUUGAUGAAUGAUCACUAAGAUUAACUAUAUCUAUAGAGUCAUUAGUUUGACAAGAAAUAGAAUCCUAUCAGAUGCCAAAGAGUUGGGAUUUUUACAUUUAAUGAUUAAACAUCGUUAUUUAUUAUUUGCCCUGUGGAACUGUAUUAUUUCUAACUAUGAAAUAAAAGGGUGAUGUAAACAUA